GAGGGUUUCCCCAAUAAAAAAAACCCCUAAAAUAGAUGAGAGAGAAAGAAACGAAGAGAGAGAAAAUUUAGAGGGAAAAAAAAUAAAAAUAAAAAAGAUAGAUAGGGUUCAGAGAGAACUGAAGAAAGAGAGUGUGUGUGAGAGAGAAACAGAAACCCAAAAAUCCCUAUUUCUGGUUUCGAUCUGAACAAAAACGCCUUCGUAUCUUCAUUCUUCAUACCUACAGUUUAGGUCAGAGAGAUCCACCAGAUCUAUACCAAAUUCCUAGGGUUUGGAUGAGUCCAGCUGCAUUGGAGAAGAUGGAAGAUGCUAAGCCUUCGGAAGCAGCAUCGGCCAACAAUUCACAAACAGAUAGCGCGGCGGCUACUGUCGACCCAUCUGAAGCUCGAUUCUCCGACUACUGCAAGAAUGGAAUGUCGUUGGAUGAGAACACUUGCACACAAGCUAUGAAGCUGUUGAAAGAAACCAAACACCUUUUACAGACUAAUGUUUCAGCUUUUGGCAACGGAACGGUUGAUGAAGCAGAAAGGUUUUGGUUUGCUUUUAUUCUGUUUUCUAUUAAAAGGCUAAGUGAGAAGAAGCAAGGGUCUGAUGAUAAUGGAUAUACAUUAUGCCAGAUAUUGAGAGCUGCGAAGCUGAACAUUGUGGACUUCUUCAAGGAGCUUCCUCAGUUUGUUGUUAAGGCUGGUCCAACUUUGAGUAAUAUAUAUGGUGCAGAUUGGGAGAACAGACUAGAGGCAAAAGAGAUGCAGGCCAAUUUUGUGCACUUGAGUCUACUAAGCCAGUCCUACAAACGUGCAAUCCGGGAAUUUUUCUUGACAACUGAAGCAAAUGUUGAUAAGCAGUCUGCUGUUGCUAGUGCAUCUGGCUAUGUCUCAGACUACCACCGUUUUGGAUGGUUGCUUUUUCUGGCACUUCGCGUACAUGCGUUCAGCCGUUUUAAGGACUUGGUGACUUGCAUGAAUGGUUUGGUUUCCAUAUUGGCUAUCUUAAUUAUUCAUGUUCCUGUUCGCUUCCGAAAUUUCAAAUUUGAUGAUUCUCAACUAUUUGUUAAGAAAGACGGCAAAGGUGUAGACAUCCUCGCAUCACUUUGCAACAAAUAUCAAACAUCAGAAGAUGAGUUGAGGAAAAUAAUGGAAAAGGCCAAUAAUUUAAUAGCAGAUAUCUUGAGUAAAAAGCCUCAACCAGCAUCUGAGUGUAGAAUUGGAAACUUGGAGAAUAUCGACACAGAUGGUUUGACAUAUUUUGAAGAUCUACUGGAGGACUCAUCUUUGUCAUCCAGUUUAGGUAUUUUAGAAAAGGAUUAUGAUGGUGCAAUUCGUAGUAAGGCCGAACUGGAUGAGAGGGUUUUCAUUAAUGAUGAGGACAGCUUACUUGGUUCAGGGAGCUUGUCAGGAGGUUCUGUGAAUAUAAGUGGUGUGAAGAGGAAAUUUGAUUCGAUAGCCUCACCUGCUAAGACGAUUACAAGUCCACUCUCUCCUCAGCGCUCUCCUGCAUCUCAUGCAAAUGGAAAUAUGGGGGUUUCUAAUUCAAAGAUGGUAGCUACGCCUGUAAGCACAGCAAUGACAACUGCAAAGUGGCUUCGUACUGUCAUUUCACCACUUCCACCAAAGCCCUCAGCAGAGCUGAAGCGUUUCCUGGCAUCUUGUGAUAGGGAUUUAACUGAGGAAGUAGAUACAAGGGCAAAAAUAAUAUUGUUUGCUACAUUUCCAAGUACUGCUCAGGGAGAGCAUUGUAUGUCUACAAACCUGCAAUCUGCAAAUCUCAUGGACAGUAUCUGGGCAGAACAACGAAAAUUUGAAGCACUCAAGUUAUAUUAUAGGGUAUUGGAAGCAAUUUGUAGAGCAGAGGCCCAAAUAUUGCAUGCAAGUAAUUUGACAGCUCUAUUGACUAAUGAGAGGUUCCAUAGAUGUAUGCUCGCCUGUUCUGCUGAACUAGUCCUGGCAACACAUAAGACUGUUACAAUGUUGUUUCCUGCGGUGUUGGAGAGGACUGGCAUUACAGCUUUUGAUCUUAGCAAGGUCAUCGAAAGUUUCAUUAGACAUGAGGAAUCCCUCCCGAGAGAAUUGAGGCGGCAUCUGAAUUCAUUAGAAGAACGACUUUUGGAGAGUAUGGUAUGGGAAAAGGGGUCCUCCAUGUAUAAUUCUUUGACAGUUGCAAGGCCUAACCUCUCCGCAGAAAUAAACCGUCUUGGACUAUUGGCAGAACCAAUGCCACCUUUGGAUGCAAUUUGCAUGCACAUUAACAUGAAUUCUAAAUUUAUUUCUGGAGGGAUUCCUCCCUUCCCUUCUUUGCAGAAGCAUGAGACUUCACCAGCUAAUUAUUAUUCAGGUCAGAAUGGGGAUAUCAGAUCCCCAAAGAGAUCAUGCCCGGACUAUCGAAGUGUAUUAGUGGAGCGGAAUUCCUUUACAUCACCAGUCAAGGAACGCCUCCUGGCCUUCAGUAACCUUAAAUCAAAGCCACCACCACCUCCUUUGCAGUCUGCGUUUGCUAGUCCAACACGGCCAAAUCCAAGUGGUGGAGGGGAGACGUGUGCAGAAACUGAAAUCAAUAUAUUCUUUAGCAAGAUUACUAAGUUGGCUGCUGUCAGAAUCAAUGGUAUGGUCGAAAGGCUACAACAGUCUCAGCAGAUUAGGGAGAAUGUGUAUUGUCUUUUUCAACAAAUACUAAGUCAGCGGACAUCUCUAUUUUUUAACCAUCACAUUGACCAAAUCAUCCUUUGUUGUUUCUAUGGAGUUGCAAAGAUAUCUCAACUCAAUCUGACCUUUAGGGAAAUUAUUUACAACUAUAGGAAGCAACCACAAUGUAAACCUCAAGUUUUUCGCAGUGUGUUUGUUGAUUGGUCAUCUGCACGGCGCAAUGGGAAAACAGGACCAGAUCACGUUGAUAUCAUUACAUUUUACAAUGAAAUUUUUAUCCCCGCUGUAAAGCCUCUGCUGGUUGAGCUUGGCCCUGCUGGAGCAACUACAAAAACUAACCGAGUUCCUGAAGUCCACAAUAAUAAUGAUGCUCAAUGUCCUGGAUCGCCUAAAAUAUCUCCUUUUCCAAGUCUCCCUGAUAUGUCUCCGAAGAAAGUAUCAGCUACACACAAUGUGUACGUCUCUCCAUUGCGAUCAUCCAAGAUGGAUGCUCUGAUAUCACAUAGCUCGAAAAGCUAUUAUGCUUGCGUUGGAGAAAGUACUCAUGCAUAUCAGAGCCCUUCAAAAGACCUGACUGCCAUCAAUAACCGCUUGAAUGGUACCCGGAAGCUUAGAGGCACCCUAAACUUUGACGAUGUUGACGUUGGCUUGGUUAGUGAUUCUAUGGUUGCCAACAGCCUCUACCUUCAAAAUGGGAGUUGUGCAUCCUCAUCAGGUGCACCACUGAAAUCUGAGCAACCUGACUCCUGAUUCAAUGGGCUACUGUCCUUUUUUGUAAAUUCUUGUUCUUCUCUCAUUUCUUCACUUAUUUAAUCUAUACUUGUUUAGCUUAUGAUGGGGUGUUGUGUGAGCAGUGAGUUAUUGUAGAAUGGCUGCCACCACCCCCAUGUGCUUAUGUAAGUUAGGUAUGGAGCUUGAAAAAUGUAGUGGCUCUAAUUGACUAAUUUAAUAAAAUUUGUUUUCUGCUUA